CUGAGGUGCAGUUGCAAAGGUAAAGUCUCACUUCAGAACCUGAUCCAGUAAGCGGCGACGAACCUCGAAGUACCUAAAAUCACAAAAUUACUGUUAUUCGAGGAGGAGGCCAUAGCUAUAUAUACAGGUUGUUAACGUCUGGAAUCAAGAUGGCCAAACACAUCCAUUUUAUCGGGAAAAUGCUGCUAGUCCCAAUUAAUUUGAGAGCACCCUAUAGCUGUUUUGUACCCAGGAGAUAUAUUGCAUUUCAUUCAUUGCUAAAUGAAAGAUCAAAUACCAGGGGCAUCUCAAGAAACAUUAUGGUAGGAAGGACUUGUAAGGUUGACAGUGCAGUAUCCAGACCAGGUAUACAUCAAAUUGGUAAAAGUUUUUACCGAACACUUUCCGAUCAUGAAGAUCAUGAAGACGAAACUGUAGAUUCAGACAGUGAAGACAGCGUUGUUGUUGAAAAUGAAGGGGAUGACAAGUUGGCUGUGAUAUUUCAAUCAAAAACUAAUUUAUCUGAUCAAGAAUGGAGUGAAGUGUUUGAUUAUAUAUUGAAUGAUAAACGAUUUAAAAAUGUAACUACUUUUGAUGGCCUAGUUAUGAAGCUGUGUCUGCGUUACAAAAACUGGGCUCUGGCAAAUUCGUAUUUUGAGUAUUUAGAAGUGCAAAAUAAGGAACCAAAUCUUAUGUCUCUUGCUUACUUCUUGCAACUAUGUGGAGAAAAAAUUGAUGAAUGUGGAGAGGAAAAAGUCCUUGAGGCAUACAGAAAAUUAACAUCAAAAGCAAAGGUAUUUGAUGCUAUCUUGAGUGAAAACGCUUGCCUAGCAUUAUCUAAAACCAGAGAAUGGAGAGAAGUCUUCAAGUAUAUGCCAGUAUUCAAGAAAUUAUGCUCUGUACCUGGAAAAGUGUACAAUGCUGUUAUUUCUGCUUCAUUUAGGAAUGGUGACUAUGAUACAGGAUGGCAGUUACUUGAAGAAAUGUGUAAGGAAGAGAAGGGACUGUUCUGCUCAACUGUUACGGAUUAUAUCAAAUGCUGCCAGUCAGCUGAAAAUAAGGAAGACAUGGCAGACACACUUCUUCGUAAAUUUUCCCAAUUUGAGAUUUUUCCCCAAGUUUCGGCAGCUGAGGAACUUAUGAGAUUCUUCAGAGAUGAUGUUGGAUGGUCUGGCAGAUAUGUUAAAAUAUUCAAUGAUGGAAUUUGUCCUGCUUGUGAUCAUCAACUUGAGUCAGUUAAUAUAGAUGAGGAAUCAUUUAUGUUACUUAAGGAGGAGUUUGUAUCACGUGUCUUGGUUGGAUCAGAUAUCUUUAAAACCACUGAUCCAGAAGAAUGGUCAAGAUAUCAGAACUUUGUGGAAAAGGAAGGGCCAUUUAGUAUUGUAAUGGAUGGGUUGAAUAUUGCAUAUUCUGUUGGCAAGAAAACUCACAAAGCUCGUAUGAAAAGGUUACGAGAGGCAGUCACAAAGUUGAAGCUCUCUGACCGGAAGGGCUCCAUCAUGGUAAUCGGACGAAAGCACAUGGAGUCAUGGUCACCUCAUGACCUUGAAGCUUUAAAGAAACGGGCAAAAGUGUUCACCCUUGAUAACAUUUCAAAGGAUGAUGGAUUUUUCAUUUACGCUGCUCUCCAGUCUGGACUUGGAACUCAGUUUGUAUCAAGUGACUUUCUCCGAGACCAUCUCUAUCGUUUAAGAGACCCCCAACUGCGGGAAACUUUUCGUGUAUGGCAGAGAAAGCAUCAGAUAUUUGCCAUUAAUCAUCCCUCUGGAGUACACCUUGUGCCACCUCCAAAAUUCAGAACUCUUGCACAGCAGCAUGAUGCAGUGGAUUGGCACAUUCCCUACAAUGAUGGAUCAAUUAGAGAGUCUUUCGAGGUACCCCAUACAUGGUUGUGUCUUCAUGCAGACCAACAGAAGCACAAAGGGGUUCACCCAAAAGAUCUUGUAAGUGACGUUGCCUUUAAAUGCUUGGAGGAAGAUAAACCAAAACCUUACUUUGCCAACCCAAGGAACUUUGGAAUAGAAUCUAAUAAUUCAAGCUUGAAAUUUAUAAAAGUAAAUGAUGAAAUUCCUGGAAGCAAACAGAAUAAUUCAAGAACAUUGAAUAUUAAAUAUGGAAGAGUUUCAUUCAACAGUGAUGUUAAAAGACCACAAAAGCAGUCCCUACCCUACAAUAAAGCUAGCUUACAUUCAAGAGAAUCUGCACCUCAUUUUGGUGGCUUUAAAAGCAGUCCAACUGAUUUUCAGUCAAAUUCAGAUGGUUCAAAUUCUGUGUCUCAGUCUAAAUAUGAAAAAGGUAGAGGAGCAAGAAAUAAAAUGAAGCAAGAUAUGAUGAAUAUAAUUGGUGGGAACAUUAAAAAACAAAAACAACUGGAACAUGACAAGAGACAUUCUCCAGAUAAGAACUUGAAAUCCAGUGAAAGGGUGGCUAAAGAUAUUUUCAAAAAUUUGUAGAAAGAAUGCAUGCAUUGUAAAACUAAAUGUAAAUAUUUGUCCAUAAGGUUCUGUUUUAAAACUAAUAUAAAUAUUUGUCCAUAAAGGUUCUCUUUUUCAA